AAGAAUGCUGUCGUUUCGGAUAUGAUUCGUAUGGAUUCUUCGGAAACGUCUCUGUGCUCAAUAAUUUCGGGACAACGGGGGAUGUUUUUCAAGUAACGCAUUCAUGGAUUCUGUUUUAAUGUUUUUGGCGAUGGGAGACAAAGGACAAAGAGGCAGGAUGGUGUCCAGGUCAAAUUUAGUCCUUUUGUCUUUACUGGCUUGCUUCGGGGAGCUGACUUCAGCUCAAAUAAAAUACUCGACUCCAGAGGAAGGAAAAGUAGGAGCUGUUAUUGGAAAUGUUGCAAAGGAUCUGGGCCUCGACGUAAGCACACUGACAAACAGGCGUUUUCGGAUCGUGUCUGGACCUCAAGAGACGCUCUUUGAGGUAAACCCGAGCAACGGGGUUUUGUAUACUCACAAGAAGAUCGACCGUGAACAGAUAUGCGAUAGAAAUGCUGCCUGUUUAUUGGAUCUAAAAAUAGUUGUUGAAAAUCCACUUGAAGUUCACUAUGUCACCGUGGAGAUAACAGAUGCAAAUGAUCACGGCCCGAGUUUUGUCGAAAAAGAGAAGAAAAUAGAAAUAGCAGAAAGCACAUUGCCGGGAGCACGAUUUCAGUUGCCGGGUGCACAAGAUCCAGAUGUUGGAAUAAACUCAGUUCAGCGAUAUAAACUCAGUCAAAACGAAAAUUUUCAUCUAGAAAUUCGAGAUCGGGGAGAGGACAAAAUUCCCUUUUUACUGUUACAGAGGCACUUAGACAGGGAGCAGAAAACAAACCACAGUUUGAUUUUAACCGCUAUGGAUGGAGGGACACCACCAAAGUCAGCACAUCUUAAUCUGACUAUUCAGGUUCUCGAUAUCAAUGAUAACAGACCAGUUUUUUCGAAGGAAGUGUAUUCCGUUGAAUUACAAGAAAACGCUGCAGUAGAUACGAUAAUCAUACAAGUCAAAGCUACUGAUAUAGACGAGGGAGUAAACGGUGAUGUUGAGUACGCUUUUGGGGGUGAUAUAAACCCGAGUUUAUUUCAAUUAUUCUCUUUAGACAACCACACGGGACAAAUUCGAGUGAAAGGUCAAAUUGACUAUGAGGCUGCCAGUGUUUAUAAAUUAGACGUCCAAGCAUCUGACAAAGGCCAGCCACCCAUGACUACUGACUGUAGAGUUAUAAUCAAGAUUGAAGAUAUUAAUGACAAUAAACCAGAAAUAGAAGUUACAUCAAUAUCCAACAUGGUCCCUGAGGAUUCAAAACAUGGAACAGUCAUUGCUCUCAUCAGUGUUAAAGACACUGACUCUGGUUUAAAUGGAAAAGUAAUUUGUCAUCUGACAGAAAAUGUACCAUUUGAAUUAAAACCGUCAUUUAAAGAAAACAUGUAUUCUCUAGUUACAAAAGAAGCCCUGGACAGAGAAAGUGUGUCUCAUUAUGACAUCUCAAUAACUGCUAUUGAUUGUGGGGACCCGCCUCUCUCCACUCUGAAAACCUUAAGGAUUCAGGUCUCAGACGUAAAUGACAACAUCCCUGAAUUUUCACAAAGUCCUUUAGAAUUAUAUUUGACAGAAAACAACGCUCCCGGCGCAUCAAUAUUUUCUGUGAGCGCAUAUGACAAAGACAUAAAUGACAAUGCUGCGGUUUCCUAUCAUGUUCUGAGAGGAAAGGGGGGUCACAGUGAUAUGGCCUCUUUUCUCAAUAUAAAUUCAGAAAAUGGACAUAUCACAGCACUGAAAAGUUUCGACUUCGAAAACCUGAAAACUUUUCAGUUCCAAGUUGUAGCCACAGAUUCUGGAACUCCGCCACUCAGCAACAACGUGACAGUCAACGUGUUCAUUCUGGAUCAGAACGACAACGCUCCAGUCAUCCUGUAUCCACUCAGCUCCAACGGCUCUGCUGAAGGUGUGGAGGAGAUUCCCCGCAAUGUCAACGCAGGACACCUGGUGACUAAAGUCAGAGCCUAUGACGCUGAUAUAGGAUAUAACGGCUGGCUGUUGUUCUCACUGCAGGAAGUCACUGACCACAGUCUCUUUGGUUUGGACCGCUACACAGGACAGAUCAGGACACUUCGUUCAUUCACAGAGACAGACGAGGCUGAACAUAAACUGGUUGUACUGGUCAAAGAUAAUGGGAAUGUUUCACUGUCAGCAACAGCGACUGUGAUUGUCAAACUUGUGGAGCCCAAAGAGGCCUUUGCAGCUUCUGACGUGAAAAGUGCAACAAAAAUAGACGAGGAGGACAAUGUUACGUUAUACCUGAUGAUAACUUUGGGAGGUGUUUCUGUAUUUUUCAUCAUCAGUAUCAUUGUGCUGAUUGCAAUGCAGUGCUCCAAAUCCACAGAGUAUACAUCCAAAUAUUUACAAGAGACCAAUUAUGAUGGGACACUGUGUCACAGCAUUCAGUACAGAUCUGGAGACAAGCGGUACAUGUUGGUUGGACCCAGAAUGAGUAUUGGAUCUACUAUAGUCCCUGGAAGUCAUGCAAAUACAUUGGUGCUCCCUGACAGAAGGAGGACUUCAGAAGAGGUAAGGCUGCACAACCUAUCUAUAACCUUUUUUCUCCCAGUUUAA